CUUACGACUUACGAGACCAACUUGGACGCACAUACAAAUUCCACGAAUCAAUUCCAAUCCAAAAUUCGAAGGAUCAUCGGUCAUGAAACCCACGAAGCAAUUUCCAUCAUCAUCGAUCGCUUCCCUGUUUUCUUUCCCCGAUCGUCAAUCUUCCUGUUUCUAGGGUUUGCGAAUCACCAAAACCGCCUCCCCAAUCCGAUCACUUUCUAGCUACUGCUAUUCGAUUGAUUCGUUGUAAAUACGGGUGUGUAUGCGCUAAGAUGUACAGCAACUUCAAGGAGCAAGCAAUCGAUUACGUGAAGCAAGCCGUGGAGGAGGAUAAUGCCGGGAACUACGCCAAGGCCUUCCCGCUCUACAUGAACGCGUUGGAGUACUUCAGGACGCACUUGAAGUACGAGAAGAACCCUAAGAUCAAGGAGGCCAUAACGCAGAGAUUCACCGAGUACUUGCGCCGCGCCGAGGAGAUCAGGGCCGUCCUAGAUGAUGGCGGAGCCGGUCCGGCCGCCAACGGGAGCGCCGCCGUGGCCACUCGGUCGAAGACCAAGCCCAAGGAUGGGGAGGGCGGCAACGGUGGCGAGGAUUCCGAGCAGUCUAAGCUGAGGGCCGGGCUGAAUUCGGCGAUUAUUCGGGAAAAACCGAACGUGAAGUGGAACGAUGUGGCGGGUCUUGAGAGUGCUAAGCAAGCGUUGCAGGAGGCUGUCAUAUUGCCCGUUAAAUUCCCUCAGUUCUUUGUUGGCAAGAGGAGGCCUUGGAGGGCUUUUCUUUUGUAUGGUCCACCUGGAACGGGGAAGUCAUACUUGGCAAAGGCUGUUGCAACCGAAGCAGACUCUACAUUCUUCAGUGUUUCUUCUUCGGAUCUGGUUUCAAAGUGGAUGGGUGAAAGUGAAAAACUAGUUUCAAACCUUUUUGAAAUGGCUCGUGAAAGUGCACCUUCUAUUAUCUUUGUUGAUGAGAUAGAUUCCUUAUGUGGACAGCGUGGUGAAGGCAAUGAAAGUGAAGCUUCUAGACGAAUCAAAACAGAACUUCUUGUGCAGAUGCAGGGAGUAGGAAACGAUGAUGAGAAAGUUCUCGUUCUUGCAGCUACAAAUACUCCCUAUGCUCUAGAUCAGGCCAUCCGAAGGCGGUUUGACAAGCGUAUAUACAUUCCCCUUCCAGACUUGAAGGCACGCCAGCACAUGUUCAAGGUGCAUUUAGGAGAUACUCCUCACAACUUGACUGAAAGUGACUUUGAACAUUUGGCACGUAGAACAGAAGGUUUUUCUGGUUCAGACAUUGCCGUUUGUGUUAAGGAUGUCCUCUUUGAACCUGUACGGAAAACCCAAGACGCCAUGUAUUUCGUGAAGACUCCUGAUGGUAUAUUGGUGCCAUGUGGAUCAAAGCAACCAGGGGCUGUCCAAACUACUAUGCAGGAUCUUGCUGCAAAAGGGCUUGCUUCAAAAAUCAUUCCACCUCCCAUCUCGAAAGUGGAUUUUGACAAGGUCCUUGCCAGACAGAAGCCAACCGUGAGCAAAGCCGACCUUGAAGUGCAUGAGAGAUUCACAAGAGAGUUUGGAGAAGAAGGGUGAGGGUGAUGAAAUGCUGCAGAUUGGGGGGUCGAAUGCAUUUGAAUGUUGCAAGCUUGGAUUUGAAGAUGUAAUCGUCCAUUGAGAACUGCUUCAAUCGGGAAAGUACACAACUUAGGCUUUUCUUCUGCACUGAGACUGGGAGCUGAGAGUUGGUACUUUUCUAAAUUAGUUCUCCAGUUAAAUAUAUUAAAAAAGAGAGUUCUCCACGAGUAUUGCCUCGGAAUGUUGCCAAAUAUAUAUAUAUAUAUAUAUAUAUAAUGUGUUUGAAAUGCUAGUUGCCAAAUAUGAUGUAUUCUGAUAGCUUCAUGAGAGACGAUAAGAGAACCCACCCUUUUCCUGAUUUGUUGCAAUAAGAUUUGUAUAAUAGAAGAAGUAAUAUUUAUAUUGAUAGCUU